AUUCUUCCCUUUUCUCCUUCCUUUCUCCCUCCGGUUCACUUUCAAAAAACUAUUAUCAUCAUGAUGUUUGAAGAUCCGGUUCACUACCAUCUCCCGGUUCAUGAAGAUGUUCUUUCACCUAGUGAUAUCGAUGAAAUAUUAUCUCUUUUACAACCCGAGCUCCCGGUUCAUGAGUCUACAUCCGGUUCAGAAACAACCCGGUUGGUCUUUUCCUUAGAAGAACGUAAGCGACGUCGAAAGAUAUCGAACCGGGAGUCAGCACGCCGGUCCAGAUUCCGUCAGAAAAAACACGUAGAUAAUCUUACGGAACAAGUAGACCGGCUUAAAGUCGAGAACCGGGAGUUAAAAAACCGGUUAUGUGUAGUUACUCAUCAUUGUCAAGCGGCUCAAAGUGAAACGGACCGGCUUAUUCUCGAGUCAAUUGUACUUCAACAACAACUAGCCGGUUUAUGUCAAAUCUUGAAUCCCAUGCAACUCCAAUAAUCUUCAUUAUUUACGUAAAAGAAAAAAAAGAAGCUAAAUCAUCGUCACAAUCAUUUCUCAAGAAUUCCUAAAUUGCCCUUGGUCUUAUUAUUUACUUUCUUCGUCUUAUAUUGCUCUCGGUCUGUCCAUCUGUCUGUGGAUCAUUCGCGUUAAUAUGCAUGCAUAAGAUUUGAAAAAUGAGAGGGAAUAGUGAAAAAAUGGUCCAUUUUGCAUGGGAUAAUACGGAUUUUGGAAUUUUAAUGAGGGUGAUCUUGACAAUUAGUAUUAAUUAGUUUGGCUGAGGCUAAGUUUGACAAGGCGUAAAUAUAUUCUCAUAGUAUAUGUGUCGAUAUUCUUCAAAAUAUUUUCGUCUUUACGCCUAGCCAAACAAAGUCUUACGUCUAGCACGUAUGUUGUCUGUUGUUAUCUUUUUAUGUUUUUAGUUUGGGUUUAUAAUUAAGCUUUUUAGGGUUAAGUGCAAAAGGUAUUUGUAAAUUAAAGUUAAAGGUUGUAAUUUCAUCAUUAAUGUAUAUAUUAGUCUAUGCUUUCUCUUUUUAUCCGGUUUGUUCGGUUUUAUGUAUAUUUUUUGG